CGUGACGUCAAAGAUCAACAGAUCGGAUUACUCCAUCUCAAGGCGCGGCUAGUUUCUUUGUUUUACACAGAGUUUAAAAUGGACUUGGACCCAAGGCUUUUUAACAUUUGCCGAUGGAUUGGAUUCAGAGGCGACAGAUUUAGAGGUUAAGGAUGAAAGUUUACAUCUUCAUUUUUCAUCAGGAGGCGAAUCAGAGCCAGAAUCUGUGUUAUCAGCAACACCCAAGACAAAGAAAAGAACAGCCACAUCAUUGCAAUCUACAGGUUUAAGGAAAUCUCCUAGAAAACCUGCCAAAGACAGGCUCUAUGAAACCCUGCAGCUUUCUUGAUGUGAGUCUGGAGAUGAAGAUGAACCCCAACAUGAUCAUCCAGCACAAAAGAAAAAGAAAAGUAUUGAGUGUACAACAGCAGUCCGAAGGUCUCCAAGAAAAGAUUUGAAGGACAAGAGUGCAUCAUGGAGUGCAGUGAAGGACUCUUAUUUAAAUGGUCAACAGACGGAUUUGAAAUGGAACUACGGUACAGCAAAAGAUUCAUGGAUGAAGAAAAUGUACCACUGACAGUAUUUAUGAGGAACAGUGUACAAGGGAUUGCGCCAGAUGAAAGAAUUGACGUCAUAGAUGCUGCCAUUAAAAGAUAUUUUACAUCCAAAAAGGAGGCCAACAAUAGGCACAAUAAGAAUAAAGAAGAGUUAAAUAAAAAGAGGCAAGCAACAUAUGAAAGAAAGAAAGAGAAAUUGAAGAGGAGACUUGUUGCGGUAGAGAAGAAGACGGGAUGGUCCGAGGAGAAGAAAAAUAAAGUUAGAACAUUUUUCCAGCUACCAAAUGCUCACAAAUAUAUGAGCAAUGAUGAGGAGGGAGAUGAUGGUUUUGUGUCCCAUCCAUAUUCCUGGGAGAGUGAGGAAUUACAGAAAGUUAAAGGAAGUCUGGACAAAAAAUAUUUAGAGACAUGUCCUCCACGUAGCAAGAGGUUAUUGUCCAAAAAAGUAGCGGGUCUCUAAGAAAAGAAGAGCCUCUUAAAUUGAACAUUAUUCAUGCAUGGACUUUAAACAUGUGAAUUGCAUGUUAAAAUAUGUUCUUAACAUGUAAUAUUUUUUUUAUUUUUUGACUAUGUGAUGCAUAUGCAAUUUCUUUUUUGUAACACCACUUUUUCAUUUGUACACAUAUUUAGUCUUUGAAUCUGAAGUGCCACAGAGAUCUGUAUUGGGACCAUUGUUGUUUUUAUAUAUAUGUGUUAAUGAUAUUGCAGAUAUACAGAUUAUUUGCGGAUGAAAGUUCUCUGCAGCAGUCAUUCAAAUCUGUUAAAUUUUUCGAAGACAAUUUCAAUUAUGAUCUUUAGGUUCAGAAAAUGACCUUUGUAGUUCAAUUCUUUUAAAACAAAAUUUGAUACCAUUGAUACAAUAAGAAUUGUUCAAAUUAAGCAUAUAUUUACACAAAAUUCAAGAUAAUGCAUUCUAUCAUAAAAUAUAUCAAAAAUAUUUUGUUAUGCAUCCCAGCAUGUUUGAAAUAUCAAUGAUUUAUUGUGUACCAUUUGUUUUAUAUUGUUAUACAUGUCCAUGUAUAUUAACCACCGUUAUUGUGGUAUAUAAUCAUACAUUUGUGAAAAAUAGAAAUUAAUAAAUUGACUAUUGAUAUUUAAA